AUGAACCCUUGCGCCAGCGGACGUGAUGGGUUCAGCCGCGAUGCGCCCAGUUGGCCGUCUGCAGAUCGUCGCCGCUCCCGAUCACCACCGCCAACUCGUCUCCAUCGAGAUCAUGAUGGGCCUGCGAAGACGCUUCCCAGGAAACCGGUCGCCGCCACCAACACCAUCCCGCUCGGCGCUACUGUCGAUGCCCACAGCCAUAAUCAUGCCUCGACUUCCAGCUCAUCCUCAACGAAUGAUGGCAGCUCGACGUAUGCCCGCCAUCCUCCCAAGGAACGUUCCAAGCCAAUUGUUCCUCGCACACCCUCAAAUGCGGCCGAUCCACGAAGCGAGAUCGUCAGUAGACUAGCGGGGUCCCCCUCGGAGCGAAACUUGUUCGAACAGAUCGAAAUCAAGCGCUGGUCCAUCUCGGAGGAUCGCAAAGAGCUCUCUGACCUUGUCAAAAAGGUCAAGAGCCUCGAGGAUUACCUCAACAAGUCCGGCAGUAAGGAUACAAAGAACCUCGAAAAAUUGACAAGUCACCAGCAGCAACAGCAGCGGCUCCAGCAAAAGAUCAAGGUCGACAACGACGAGCUCCAUCGCAUGAGCAUCGACUGGCAAUACGAUAUUACCAAACACUUCUUCCCUGCUCUUCUGGCAGCCGCCACCGUUCCCAUCGAGGCCAACAUCGAUGAGCUUCGAUCCAGGACCAAAGCCGAUCGCGAAGACGAGCAGAAGCGCUACGACGGAAUCGAAUCCAAGGCGCGCAUCGCCUAUGCCGAAACCAACAGGCUGAAGAGCGACAUUGCCAAAAUCGCCAAGGAUGCUUCUGGCGCUAUCAGAGAUGGCGAUCGUCUUCGACAGGACUACACUGAUUUUAGCAAGCAGUUGCGCAGGGAUGUUGAUAAGGACGUGAAGCAAAUCAUGGACAACCAGCGGCGCAUCACGCAAAUCGAAAAGGAUGUUGCUACUCUUCAGGCCAGAGCAGGUGCUCAGCCCUCUCUUGCUCAGCCCUCUCUUGCUCAGCAGGCAUUAGGUGCUUCGACUUCCGCAGCUGCCAACUCUACCGCACCCUCGCGUCUCAGCUCAGCAUCGACCUCUCGGCCCCGCGCUGCUUCCCCUCCACAGGAUCCUCGCAUCCGACCGGCUCCGCGACCCGAAGCCUCUGACGCUGCUUCUACUCCAGCAAGUACAUCCACAUCUGCACCUGUUCGUACCACCGAGACUGCAACGACCGCAACCAGGCCGGCUACACCUUCAGCUCCAGUCACACAAGCACAAUUCCGCAAAUGGGAGCGAGACUUCCAUCAGAACAUCGAACUGCGACUUGAGGAGCUCAAGGAUAUGGCUGUUGGCGAGGCUGCUUUUGAGAACGAUGCACGUAUGGAUGAUCGUCUUCGGGCGCUUGCACGUAGGUGGAAGGAGAAGGCCACCAGAGGUGAAUAUCUGUCUGGCCAGUCAGCAGCAGAAGGGUCUGGAGCUAUCGUCGCCGAUGCUGUCAUCGGAUCUAUCGAUGCUUUAGCUGCCCUUGCUCCCCAGGGUGUUGCCAGUUGCGCCUCAGAGCCAACGCCGAUGGACGUCGAGACGAAUGCAGCGCAAGACCGUUUGGCCAGCACAACCAACGGACCGAACUGCGCGCAAGCCACAGAGGGUGCCAGUGCUUCAACGAGCCAAGAUGGUCCGAAGUCGCCGGUGCGCACUCAUUCAGCAUCCGAUGUGAUUGAUGUCUCUACACCACCGGAAGCCACUUCCCAACCGAACGAAACAGCGGCGACGGCGACCUCUACUACGGUAGUGUCGGCCACUGCCGCCACUGCUGAACCAAAAACGAACGAGAAUGCAGCAGCUGCCACACAGCAACCGUUCUCAGAUGCCACUGACGCAAACGCGGCAGCGACGGCCACCGUUGUUUUGCCCGCCGCAGUCCUCAAGCAGAUGCGUACAUUGCUAAAGGACCACGCAAGACAGAUGGAAGAACUCAAGCACGAGGUCGAAAGAUUGCGUACGUCAGAGAAGAGCACAUCUCUAGACGAGCUGCUGAAUGCGCCUGACAAGCUCAAGCGGCUGGCUGCUGCACUCAAGGUGAGCGGCCUCGACAUCCCUGCCGCGAUCGGUGCCUUGGCCACACAGCUUGAGGUAGUCAUCAACGGUAUGCGUGCUGAGAUCGCCGACGUGCGGGCUCCGCAGCAGAACCUUGCGGACCAAGUGACAACGCUCGAGACAUGGAGGGCCGAGUUUAUCGGGACUGUCGACGAACGGGUGCAAUGGCUGCAGAAGCAGCUCGAGGUGCUCGAUGAUCAGUCGUCGUUGCAAGGUGCUUUGUUGGUCAAGCUCGCUGAGCAUGCCAACCCGCGUCGACAGCCAGCAGCACCGGCUACACCCACCUUCGGCGCGGUUCAAGCUGCAGCCGCGACGAACACGCGAUCGCCUCUCGUCACACACGCAAAUCCACAAGCGCAGCAGCAGUUACAACAGCAGCAGCAGCAGCAGUUACAACAGCAGCAGCAGCAGCAGCAAUUACCUCAGCGUCCGCACCAGCCUCAACCGCAGCAGCAUGGCGGCAACUCGCCGAGCUUGAUAAUGCGAGCUGCCGCUCAGGCUCUGCCUCAGCAGCAACAGCAUCGACCGUCUGGAGACGUAGCGGCAGGAGCCCUUCCUGCGCACAUGCAUCAGUUGUUGCAGCAGCCGCAGAUACAGUCACCACAAGUGCAGCAGCUCAUUCACCAGCAGAUGCAACAGCCGCUUCCUCAGCCGCUUCCUCAGCAGCAGCAACAACAACAACAACAACAACAACAACAACAACAGAGUCUGGUGUACAACAUGCCCCGGCAGCAGCCUCCGGGUCAGUAUCAGUACCAAGAGCCCAAUCAGCGCAGAGGGCAUCCAUAG